UUCCCUCUUCUUCUCCUCCUCGUACUACGUCCAGGCCCUCCUUUUGCCUUCAAGUAUCCGACAGACCGGGAAAUAAGAUUAGGUAAAUUUCGAAACACUAAACCUAAUUUGAGGAUUUACUUCUACUUUAGUCAAUAGAUUUCGAGUUAUCUGCUAUCGUGCUAUAUCUGAUUUUCUGUUUUCGAUCUUUUUGCUCGUUACCGUCUCAUCUCAUACUCUCCCUCUCUGUUUAUUUUAUUAAGUAGGAUAAAUUUUCUUAGGAGAAAUAACAGUCCCCAAAUCGCUUUGCCGCCGCCAUUUGAAACCCUGUAAAUAAUCUCAACUCGGUGCGUAUUUUUGCCAUAGUAGAUCGCCAAUAUUAAUGUCGAAUUUGGGAGGAGGGGUAGGUAAUCCUCUCAAGACUUGGGUUUCGGAUAGAUUAAUGUCAUUGCUGGGAUUUUCCCAGCCCACGCUUGUAGAGUAUACCAUUGGACUAGCUAAACAAGCAGCAUCACCUGCUGAUGUAUUGGGCAAGCUUGUAGAAUAUGGCUUGCCAUCGUCUGCUGAUGUUCGUGUAUUUGCUGAAGAAAUAUUUGGUAAAGUCCCUCGUAAAGCAUCAGGUGAAAAUGUGAGUUAAUGUUUUAUGUGAACAAGAGA